UGGAUGGCCUUGGGUUGGGCGCAAUACAUUCCACAAAUGCACCAACCAACAAGGCAAGCCACUCAGUAACUCUAUAAAAAGCGCGCUCAUCUUUUUCUUUUUUUGCUUUGCAUCUUUGUUGCAUUCUCUUCAGCUCUGCCUCUAUCUUUCUCGGCACAUCUGUCUGCAGCUUGAUCGCUCAAUUCGGAACACUUGGGCAUCUUUUGUUCUUCAGCACUUGCAGCCGACAAACAGAACGUGCAAUGCCGAAUUCACCGGAGGACCAGCAGGUGCUGGACCAGUUGGUCUACAGAGUGUGUCGAGCGUUCUAUGAGCCGCGCUAUAUUGCCGUGAUGGAUGUCAUCAACAAAAUGAAGCAAGUCAAAGAUGAAGAGCUGGCGGCUUUCCUGAAGCUGAACAGGCGCGAGAUUCACAAGAUCUGCGGCAAACUCAAAGAAGACCGUCUGAUCAAAGACUUGACAAAACUCGAAGCAAGGAAACCGGACCAGCGCCCGAUCCCCAACACAUAUUAUUACCUGGACUACAAGACAUUCGUGGACGUGGUCAAAUACAAGAUCCACAAAAUGGAUAUGGAACUGAAAUUUAUUAUGUCCAAGCAAGAAGUAGAAAGUGCAGGAUACCGGUGUCCAGCCUGCGAGAAGACGUAUGCCACGGUUGAGGUUGUUGACCAGUAUGACGCCGAGACAGGAAAGUUUCUGUGUCCGAACGAUCGCUUUGCACUGGACGAUGAGGCCGUCGAAGAUGGUGAUCAGGGACGGGAGCUGAAAGCAAAGCUCCGUGAAAAUACUAAACCAAUAGUCGACCUGCUGAAAUUGACAGAUAACAUUGUCAUUGAGCAGUACACCGAAAGCAUGGCCUCCAAGAACGCUACUGCAAGGACACACGAUGAUGAUGAUUUGGCAUUUGCUGCGGAUGGCGGUCAACAGCCGGGAGAGAUCCAGGUUGUGUUCCAGGAUGACAAUGACAAAGCAGCCAAGAAGGCCAGAGAAUCUGAGGCGCAAAAGAAGAGACAGCAAAAUGCUGUGCCAUCAUGGCACGCCUGGAGUACUGUUUCUGGCGAGAUGACUGCUCUCGGAGCCGAGGCUGCAAAGCGCCACGAUUUGCCUGUGGAUGGUACUGAAGCCGAUGGCGAGGGCGAGGUUCUGGAGAACGAUACGGAACGCGAUGAAUAUUACAAACAAUACUAUGAAAACUUGGCUAUGGGAGCUCAGGAUGAAGAGUCGUUCGAGAUAUCCGGUAGUAAUGGAUAUGAUAGCAAGCGAUCCUUGGACGACUCGGAAGACAGCAGCAGAAAGCGGUACAGGGCUGAAGAUGGAGGUGCCAUUCAAGAUAAUGGCGGUUUAGAAGGCGAGAAUGAAGAGGAGGAGGAGCUGUUCGAAGAAGGCGACGAGGAGCUGCCCGAGGUGUCUGUGGCGGGUGUAAUGGUACCGUUGCUUGAGGUCACAGAGGAGCAUCAGAGCCAGAUGACUCCUGAUGAGUAUGAGGCGUACUACAACAUUUGCCAACAGCUGCAGUGAGCCAUAGCAUUCAUGUCUGGAGCGACUUUAAAUAAAGUGGACCCA